UGAGCGCUUUCGGUCGCUCGCGUCUCUGCGCUCGCUCGCAGAGGACCGCGCGCUCACGGAGGACGGCUCGCUCGGCGAUGCGGUCGCUAUGACCAUUUGUCAGUUUUUCCUUCAAGGCCGGUGCCGCUUUGGAGACCGAUGCUGGAACGAACACCCCGGCGCCAGGGGUUCCGGCGGGGGACGGCAGCAGCAGCAGCAGCCUGCAGGUAAUAACAGAUGUGGUUGGAAUGCUACCAGUCAGAGAUACUCCAGUGUUAUCCAGCCAUCCAGUUUUUCCCAGUCUGCGCCAUGGGGAGGCAGCAGAGAGCAAGAAAGGCCGGCUGUCGGUGCCUUUGACUCUGGAGCUUCCACUGUCAGGAGCAGGGGCUUCGGAUUAUCUGAGAACUCGUUUGCUUCACUUAGCUCUCAUGGGCAGGAAGACGAAAAGAAACUUCUGGAAGGAAUUAUAAAAGAUAUGGUGGUUUGGAAGUCAUCCGGACAGUGGAUGUUUUCUGUUUAUUCACCGGUAAAAAGGCAGUCUAAUAUUUCAGGUUUUACAGACAUAUCACCAGAGGAGUUGAGGCUUGAAUACCAUAACUUCUUAACCAGCAAUAACUUACAGAGUUAUCUAAAUUCUGUCCAACAGUUAAUUAAUCAGUGGAGGAACAGGGUAAAUGAGCUGAAAAACAUAAAUGCCUCAACUCAAGCGGCUCUGCUCUCUGAUGUAAAGGAUGGAAUGAAUCAAGCAGCACCUACGUUCGGAUUUGGCAGUGGGCAAACAACCACCUUUGGAUCACCAGGUUUUCCAGUGAAAAACAGCAGUAAUAAUGCUCAGGUCUUUAGCUUUAAACUAAACUCUGGAUUUGGCAGUGCCCCUUCCGGAAGCCAGUCAGUGUUUGGGGGUCCUCCAGCGUUUGGAGCAGGUCCCUCUGCCGGUUCUGCCAUCUCUGCUUCCACUCCAGCUUUCGGAUUUGGGAAACCUGAAGUCACAUCUGCUGCUGCAUUUUCAUUUAAAAGCCCUGCAGCUUCCAACUUUGGAUCGCCAGGAUUUUCAGGAUUUCCGGCUUCCUUGGCGGCAAGCCCAGCCGGAGCCCCAGCAGCCCCAGCCUUUGGCAGUGGCGGUUCUGUGGCUGGUUUUGGUCACGUGAGCUCACAGUCACAGACUACGUUCUCUAAGCCAUCUAAUGACAUCUUUGGAAAUGGCAGCAUCUCCACCCCUGUCCCAGUAUCAAGUGUCCUUGUCACAAAAGAUAACGUGUUAUUUACAACCAAGGAUCAGCUAACAGCAGAAGAACUGGAACAAUUUCAAUCCAAGAAAUUUACUCUGGGAAAAAUUCCACUAAAGCCACCACCUCUGGAGUUUCUAAAUAUUUAAAAGGAUGCUUGCUUUUAAAUGCAAAAAAGAAUGUGUUUUGAAAUUAUUUUGAGCGGUUCAUAUGAGAAAGCAGACACACACAUGCAUAUAUGUACAUAUGUAGACAUACACAUACAAAUAAGGAAUAUAAGGUUUUGCAUUUUCAUUUUUUUCUUAAAGCUAACUAUUUAAGAUAAACAACAAAACUGUUUAGCAAGAAGGGACAUUUUUUGUACUAUAAUUACGAAUACAGCUGAAAAAAAUUGCACUGAAUAAAGUACUUUUCUCAUUGUAUACCACUUGUCUCACCCUUUAAAAUGUUAUCUUUAAUUUUUUUUUAGGAAGGAGAUAAUUUAACUAUUGUAGGGAAAUGCUCAAAUGUUUAGCUUACUAGUAGGAUAACAUUGGUGGCAAGACUUCAUGUGGAAGAUUCUCUAAAAGACAUAACUAAUUUAAUCUCAAGAGUGACAGCUCUUCAAUGACCUGGGGAGCCCUCACGCCUCAUGAUUUGGUUCUGUCUCAAUUCUGGCCACCUCCUGGACCACCAUUUAUGUUUUCUUCAAUAGUUUUUGUGUUGGCUUCAUGUCUGUGUGAUUGUUUUAAUUCCUCACAGCAGUCAGGUGGAGAAGGAACAGAAAGUACGGUCUCCUGUGAGUGACUAGUACAUGUGGUGGCGUCAGGAUCCCCAGCUGCUGUGCCUAGAGCUGCUGCUAGGCUUCUGAGACAGGUUUGGAUUCCCAGCGUGCGCAGACUGAGGGAGGUCGGGAGGCAUUGCACGACGAUCCGCACACCGAAGGCCUGAGGCCCGAGUCAGAAGUUCUGUGCUUGCCCGGGUUUUAGAAUGCACACAGCAGUUACCUCCCACGGAUCUGGUGCUGAGCUGAUUUCUUUAAGUGAAAACCUUACCCAAUAAAGGAUGUGCUGUCCAAAUGGUUUUAAUUUAUAUGUAAAAGAUUCAGUCCUCUAAGGAUCCAGAUUACCCAUUAAACUUGAAGAACUGUGUGAUUUUGACAGGUCUGGAAUCCCUGCUUUUAAAGUAGGAUCCGCAGCCAAGGUGUUUUGUUACUGUGGUUUCUUAGUAAGCAGAUGUUCAGAGUCGCUUUAUAACUGCAGACAACCCAAAUGUCUAUCAGGUGAUUGGAUAAACUGUGGUAUCAUCUACAAAGGAGGAUUAGUGAUACAACAAUGUGGAUCAGUAUUAAUCGUGUUGAGUAGAAGAAGGCAGACCUCACCAAGAGGAAAAAGCAAACAUAACACAUGUAAUCUGUAGACAGUUACUCAGUGCUUGCCUGGGAGACAGGGAUGGGAGGGCCUGGGCUUUAUAAAGAAGCAAAAAGAAACUUUGGGGACGAUGGCUGAGUUCAUUGUCUUGAUUGCAAUGAUGACUUCAUGAAUGGAUACAUAUGUCAAAACUCAUUGAGUUGGAUACUUUAAAGAUAUGUACUGCAUUGUACCUAAAAUAUACCUCAAUAAAACAAGAAGA